AACUGCCCGCGUUCCCGUGCCCGUACUAAAAAUAAAUAACGGACUGCCAUCUCCUCGUGCACUCCGCCAACCGCCGCCGCCACUCGCCACUCUCACGUCUCGCCCAUCCCGCCACUGCUGCUCUCCAGAGUCCAGGCGACCCAGGCUGCGCGGUCGCUCGGUGUUGUUAGUCCCGACCGCCGCCGGCCAUGGCAUCCAACGGCAUCGCCCCAAGAGAUGUAUGUGUUGUUGGCGUUGCACGCACCCCUUUGGGUGGUUUCCUUGGUGCCUUGUCUUCCUUGCCCGCAACAAAGCUUGGUUCUAUAGCAAUUGAAGCUGCUCUGAAAAGAGCAAAUGUGGAUCCGGCCCUCGUGCAGGAGGUCUUUUUCGGAAACGUCUUGAGUGCUAAUUUGGGACAAGCUCCUGCAAGGCAAGCCGCUCUGGGUGCAGGGAUACCAAACACUGUUGUUUGCACCACUGUUAACAAAGUCUGCGCAUCUGGCAUGAAAGCUACUAUGUUCGCCGCACAGUCAAUUCAGCUGGGUAUCAAUGAUAUUGUUGUGGCAGGUGGCAUGGAAAGCAUGUCCAAUGCCCCAAAGUACAUUGCUGAAGCUAGGAAAGGGUCUCGUUUUGGACAUGACACACUUGUUGAUGCCAUGCUUAAGGAUGGACUUUGGGAUGUAUACAAUGACUGUGCCAUGGGAAUGUGUGCCGAACUUUGUGCUGACAAUCAUGCCCUCACAAGAGAAGACCAGGAUGCUUUUGCUAUCCAAAGCAACCAGCGUGGAAUUGCUGCUCGUGACAGUGGUGCUUUUGCAUGGGAGAUUGUUCCGAUUGAAGUUCCUGUUGGGAGAGGAAAACCACCUGUACUUAUUGAGAAAGAUGAAAGCCUGGAUAAGUUUGACCCAGCAAAACUGAAGAAACUUCGCCCAAGUUUCAAGGAGAAUGGUGGUACCGUUACAGCUGGAAAUGCUUCUAGUAUAAGUGAUGGGGCGGCUGCAUUAGUUUUGGUGAGUGGGCAGAAGGCUCAAGAGCUUGGCCUGCAAGUCCUUGCAAGGAUCAGAGGAUAUGCAGAUGCGGCUCAAGCUCCGGAACUUUUUACAACCACCCCAGCACUUGCGAUACCAAAGGCUAUAUCAAAUGCUGGAUUAGAGUCAUCCCAUGUUGAUUUUUUUGAGAUUAAUGAAGCAUUUUCUGCUGUCGCACUUGCAAAUCAAAAGCUUCUUGGGAUUCCUUCAGAAAAGAUUAAUGUCCAUGGAGGAGCUGUGUCUCUAGGGCAUCCUCUUGGGUGCAGCGGUGCUCGCAUUUUGGUCACCCUUCUUGGUGUCCUUAGGGAAAAGGGCGGCAAGAUCGGUGUUGCUGGUGUCUGCAACGGCGGAGGUGGAGCAUCAGCUCUUGUUCUCGAACUCGCAUAAGAAGCAUUGGCUUGAAGCACUGGAUAUGUAGUUAAUUCAGUCGCAUGCAUCUAUGCAUGAUGAAGUAUUGAAAAAAAAAGACCCUACGAUAUCCAUGCCGGGUGCCACUGUCUGCUUAAUUCAACAGAAUAUGAUUGUGCAAUCAUUCUGCCGUGCCGCUUUUGCUGACCUUAGGAACACGGCGUCGGAGGCGCAAUCAUUCUGGCAAUUAGCACCAGCUAGCUCCCUGAGGGGCGACCUUGUACUCUCUACAUUGAUGUAUGUGUAGUGCUGGACAUUCUUAAGUUAAUUCGGCAAUAAAGUGUGUUGUGCUUCUGCU